UGGCAUUUCCUUGACUUUUGCCUCAUCAACUGAUCUCAAGUCUCAGCCUUUCAGGGAGAAAGACAUUAUCAGAAUGAACAAGCUCAAUUUUGUUAGAGAGGGAAUGACCAAAUUGCCGCCUGGCUUCCGUUUCCAGCCAACAGAUGAAGAGCUUGUUUUUCAGUAUUUGAAAUGCAAGGUCUUUUCCUUCCCUUUGCCUGCUUCAAUCAUUCCCGAGAUCAAUGUUUGCAAGUAUGAUCCCUGGGAUUUGCCAGGUGAGUCGGAGCAAGAGAGGUAUUUUUUCAGCAGUAAAGAAGCCAAGUAUAGAAUCGGGAACCGAAUCAACAGAGCGACUGCUUCUGGUUAUUGGAAGGCAACCGGCUUAGAUAAACAAAUUACAUCGAGGAGAUAUCAAAUAGCAGGGAUGAGAAAAACUCUAGUUUUUCACAUGGGGAAGCCUCCUCAUGGGUCUAGAACUGAUUGGAUCAUGCAUGAAUAUCGUCUAGUUACUGUAGCAAGCAAAGAUUGCAACUCUCCACUGUCAAAGAACCCAAUAAUCCAGAAUUAUUUAAAUCAUCAUAUGGAAAAGUGGGUUGUCUGUCGUAUAUUUUUGAAGAAAAGAAGUGAGGACGAGACUAUUCAGAGUUUUUGCAACAAUAACCACGAGGAGAAAAAAUCUAUGGCAGUUCCUCAUGAGCCUAAAUUCUUUUAUUUUAUGAGAGAAAAAACUGGAAUAACUCCUGCGUCUUCUUCCUCAUCUUCUUCAAGUUCGAGCAGUAUCACAGAGGUUUCUUCAAGUGGAGCAGACCUUGAAGAAAGCAGUAGCCACAAUAUUGUGCGUUGAACUUGUUGAGCACAGAGCGCUAAUUAAGCAGGUGUUAAUCCUUCCCUGCUUGCAGUUGGUUAAUUAUAUAUCUUGUCUAGCUUUCCCUUUUGUUUUGCUGUUGAUAUAAUAGUAGUUUAUUGUUAUUUAACCAAGUAGUCAUGCAACUCUAUUGCAGCCGUAUUGACUUCUGAAAAAAUUCCAUAUGUUUAUAUAAUA